AUUUUCCAUCCCGGUUUUCUGCUGACCCCCUACAGUUGAAAGCGCCCACCGUCGCUCACCUCCCGCUUCAGCUUUUGCAUCGCAUAUGAAGUCGCCUCAGCUCGCUGCUCAGUCGCUGCGAGCAAGGUUAUUAAGAUAUCAUCAACUCCCCACAUACGCCGUCAACGAGCUGGCGGACGCAUAUCUGUCCACCGUAUCUCAACUCUGCGACACUCUCAUGGACUACUGCGCCCUCCUCGACGAAGACGACCCCGGUCGCCUGGAGCUUGUGGCCUAUUACGACUCUCAGCUCGACGCCCUUGCAGACGAAGCCGUCGGAAAGGUGGAACAUUGGAGUGAAUCCGAGGUCCCCAUCUCGUCAGGGAAGGACGCCCUGGACAAUCGAAACCAUCCCGUCCUUGAGGAAUACCUGAAACACAACGCCUAUCCGUCUCCUAUAGAUAAGCAAAGGCUCGCUGAACAAGAGGGCAUGUCGUAUAGACAAGUGCAUGUUUGGUUCCAAAAUCGACGUGCGCGAGCGAAAGAACACGGACGAUCAUCCACUGCGCUGUCUCACGCGAGAAGACGCCGAACUUGCAUGGGCUCAAAGGGCUAUGCCUGGCCUGCGCGAAUGUUACCGCGGUCGGCGAGCCACGUCAACAGCUUGUCAGAAGAUGAACCUGUACCCCAGAAGCCCUCCGGCCACGCGCCAGCUCGCUCACCGGAAAAACGUCGAUUCGCCAGGCAUCCUCUCCCGUACGUCGCCGUCCAAACAAAACAGCGUCGCAGGUCAAGAGGCGUUACGCAAGUGGAUGACCUUGUGCCAGUCUUCGACAACAUGAAUGUUCGGUCUGCCGUUGUUGAUCCAGCUACCACGUGCCAGGGAUACGCCGCUUGUCGUGCAUUCACCUACGUUCCGCCCAAGGCUCCAUUGCCUUCGUACGUCCCGCCGCCCGGUCGAUCGGACCCUCCUGCGCCUUCACAACCUUGCCCAACCACCCUCGGCUCGUCACCACAAGUGUGCGCGGGCAAAUUCCCAGCACCUUCUACGCGCGAAAGUCGCCGCUCUCAAGCGCUGCGCGCCGUUAACUCAGCGGAUUCGCGCGGUGAUCGAUUACAUCGCCUGCCGUCGCUGACCUUCUCCGAUUCCUCUUCGUCGUCGUCAUCUCCCCCAUCGUCUCCAGAGCUCGGGACCUUCGAAGACCUUCCAAGCGCAGCGCCGAUGGAUAAUCUCUAUCAAAUUACCAUGCAAUCGUCGGCGCCGCCGCUCUCGUCCGCGUUGCCAGGCUCAUUCGUACCAUCCUGGGACCCUGCUCUUGACUGCGGUCGAGGUGCUCCAUGCUUCCAGGAUGGCCUGUGUCGUACGGAGAGCGAUGAGCAUGACUCUCGCUAUUCCACCAUAACAUCUCAGGACCCUUCACUCGUCGCCAACGCAGCUGCGGCCUCGGUCGGGUCUUGCGUUCCGUCCCCACCAUUCAGCCAAGCGGAGGGACAGGCCAUGCCUCACAUCUUUGAAGGCAGAUCGACGACGCCGGCGCAAGCAUUAUUCGGUGCCGAGAAUACCGCACUUAGCGACCUGAGCCUUUCCUUCUACGACUUCUACUCGUACGGUCGAUCCGUCGUGCAAGCCGGAGUUCGCCACGGCAAGGUGUUGUCGCAAGCAACUGCGACGACGCCAACCGCGCCUGCCGUCGCCUCUAUCGCCUACUGGUCCUCGAUGCUGCUGCCACAUCCUGCGGGCCUUCAGAGCAGCUCGGCGUCGACGAUUCACGGCUACCUUUCCUGUAGAAGGAUUGAGAAUGCCGGCCUCUGGCAUGUGCGAUGUUAUGUCUGGACGCAGGCAUGCAGUCAUGUCUCUGUCAUCCGACCCGGUUGGCUACUAUUUUUCCCCCUCACCCUACGCAGCGCCAGCGAUAAUGCGCCAGUAGGGGCCUCGCUUGUAAACCAUAUUUUCGACUUCCCGCUCUCCAUACGCUGAGGACAAUGCGUUAAUCCUCGCCGAUCCUGUCUUAUAAUUAUCGUUUAUGUAUCGACCCUGUCAGGGAUGUACUCUAUAGUCUAUACCACAGAUAUAAUCGCCGGCUACGGAAUCGCCGCUC